GGAGUCGGCUCUCUGGAGUACACGCGCGCUCAGGUGCCGUACUGAUCGCUUCGAUGACAAGGCCGCCAGUUACUGUUCGUGCACGAAUGCGACGAAAUACCCGAACGUCUUGGCGGGUUUUCGCUCGGAGCUGUGUUCACGAGACCAGCUCAGCAACGAGGAAACGAAGGUGACGUUUCUACGAGAAAGAAACAGUGAACGUUCAACGAUAAACGAGAAGAAUAAGGACCAGCAUCGAGGUGAUACUUGCACAUAGGGACACCAACGCACGGAGAACCUGUCGAGCACCUGAAGUUGCAUUUUAGUCCAACUUUGGCCGCGCUGAUAGGCGGACGAUUCGCAGCUGAAUGAGGCUCAUGGAACCCUUGGGUGUUGCCCCAGAUGUGGUGGAGACGGGCGCAUUGAAAAAAUGGUCUGACUUUCCCGUCCAACACCGAUUUACAGAUUACUCCAAUUCUAUUGGAGAACCAACUCAUCAUACUAUAAGUCCUUUUCCAUGUCAACCAACGCUUAACAACAAGCUUGCGUUAUGGACUGGGGAUAUUUCUAUUUUACAAGUGGAUGCAGUAGUAAAUUCCACAAAUGAAACAAUGGAUGAUAAUAGUCCUAUGUGCCAAAGAAUAUUUGUUCGAGCUGGAUCAGCACUUAAGAUGGAAAUAUUUAAUGAAAUCAAAGAAUGCAAAACUGGUGAAGUAAGAGUAACACAAGCUCAUGGUUUACCAGCACGCUUUAUUAUUCAUACUGUAGGACCAGUAUACAAUGUAAAGUAUCAAACAGCAGCUCAAAAUACAUUACAUUGCUGCUAUAGAAAUGUUUUACAAAAAGCACGAGAGCUUGGUUUACGCACGAUUGCGCUACCAGUAAUUAAUUCUGUACGAAGAAAUUAUCCUCCCGAUGCGGGAGCACAUAUUGCACUGAGAACAAUAAGAAGAUUUCUGGAGCAAUAUGGUGAUUCUGUUACAUGUAUUGUACUUGUAUUGGAACCGUGUGAUCUUGGAAUUUACGAAGUUCUUCUUCCACUCUAUUUCCCAAGAAAUUUAGCAGAGCAAGAUAACGCGUGUUGGCAACUACCAAAUGAUAUAGGUGGAACGGAUGGAGAACCUUUACUUCCUGAUCGACAAAUUAGAAUUAUCGAUAAUCCUCAACAUGCUUUACAUGGUGAUGAAAGUGUAGAACUAUCUGCGCAAUUAGAAACAUCCGUGAAUAUUGGUGAACAUGCGUUUGCACAAAUGCAGGGUGAUUUAGAUCGACAAAGACUUCUUGGAGAAAGCAACAUAACAAUUGAACUCUAA